GCCUCGGCGGCGGCGGCGGCGGCGGCGGCGGGCCGGAGCCGGGGUGGGACGAGUCCUCGCUGCCACGGCGCGGAUCCCUAGCGGCCGUGGCCGUGACCGUGACCGAUACUAUUUUGCCCUGAAAGCUCCUGGAUUUAAAGAAAUGCCUGCCGUUGAAAUGCCGGCCCUCAGCAGUGACUGUCCACAUUUGGAGUCCGUGGGUGAAAUAACAAAAGAAGACUUGAUACAGAAAUCUCUUGGCACUUGUCAGGACUGCAAAGUCAGAGGACCGAAUCUCUGGGCCUGUCUGGAGAACCGAUGUACAUACGUUGGCUGUGGCGAAUCCUACGUCGACCAUAGUACUAUUCACUCUCAGGAGACGAAGCACUAUCUCACCGUGAACCUCACCACCCUGCGAGUUUGGUGUUAUGCCUGCACCAAAGAAGUCUUCCCUCAGAGGAAGUUCGGGUCACCCACUUACCUGCCACAGACGAGGCUGCCGCCCACAGCCCUGGAAAACGGUGUCCAGGACUUUAAGGUACCUCACCCGACCCUUAAGACUCCUCUGGCUGCGGUCUUUGAUGAUCUGGACAGGGACGUGGACGAAGAGGAUGAGCUGAAGGCAAGAGGUCUCACGGGUCUGAAAAACAUUGGCAACACUUGCUAUAUGAAUGCCGCUUUGCAGGCUCUUUCUAAUUGCCCACCAUUGACCCAGUUCUUUCUGGACUGUGGAGGCCUGGCCCGGACGGAGAAGAAGCCUGCUAUCUGUAAGAGCUAUCUCAAGCUAAUGACAGAACUGUGGCACAGAAGCAGGCCAGGAUCUGUUGUUCCGACUAAUUUGUUUCAAGGAAUUAAAACUGUCAACCCAGCAUUUCGAGGUUAUUCCCAACAGGAUGCCCAGGAAUUCCUCCGAUGUCUAAUGGACCUGCUUCAUGAGGAACUCAAAGAGCAGGUCAUGGAGACUGAGGAUGGGGCUCCUCCCGGGCCGGGUGAAGAGAGCCUGGAGGAGGAGAAGAGCCCAUCAGAGAUGGACUUUCAGUCUUGUGAGUCAUGUGGGAGCAGCGACAAAGCUGAGAAUGAGAUGGGCUCCCGAGGUCUGAUGGAAGACCACAUGGAGACGGCCAUGUUAAUCCAGGAGGAUGAGAACAACCCCAGUCCUGGGACGGUGAAAGAGAAAGUUCUGUGUAACAAGGCGAGCCCCAAGGGUCCUGAGGAUGAGUUAGAGAAAGAUGUAGACACUUUGUCAGAGAUGGCGGACAUUUUAAACAGCCAGGAAACCGUCAAAGUGCAGAUACACAGCCGGCUUUCAGAGCAUGCACCUGAGAAUCACUCAAAUGACCAUGUCCCAUCCAGUGAAGGAGGCAAUCCGCGUUUGUCUGCCAGCCCUCCCAGAUCGAGCUCCCUGUGGCCAGGCACAGUCUCUGGCCAUAAAAGAGCCCUGCCGGCCUCGUCUCCCAAGAGGAAAAAGCAGCAGAAGAGAUACCGGAGCGUCAUUUCAGACAUCUUUGAUGGGACCAUUGUGAGCUCUGUGCAGUGUCUAACUUGUGACCGGGUGUCGGUGACACUCGAGACCUUCCAGGACCUGUCCCUGCCCAUCCCUGGCAAGGAGGACCUGGCCCGGCUGCACUCAGCGAGCCACCCAAGCGCCAUGGUGAAGGCGGGCUCCUGUGGAGAGGCGUAUGCGCCCCAAGGAUGGAUCGCCCUGCUUGUAGAGUACUUGCGCAGGUUUGUUGUCUCCUGUGUCCCUAGCUGGUUUUGGGGUCCGGUAGUGACCUUGCAAGAUUGUCUCGCUGCCUUUUUCGCCAGAGAUGAGCUCAAAGGUGACAACAUGUACAGUUGUGAAAGAUGCAAAAAAUUGAGGAAUGGAGUGAAGUUCUGUAAGGUGCAGAAGUUCCCUGAGAUCUUGUGCAUACACUUGAAGAGGUUCAGGCACGAGCUCAUGUUUUCCACCAAAAUCAGCACCCACGUGUCUUUUCCUCUUGAGGGCCUCGAUCUUCAGCCCUUCCUUGCCAAGGACAGCCCUGCCCAGAUCGUGACCUACGAUCUGUUGUCAGUCAUCUGUCACCAUGGAACUGCGAGCAGCGGGCACUACAUCGCCUACUGCCGCAACAACCUCAACACCCUGUGGUACGAGUUCGACGAUCAGAGCGUGACUGAGGUCUCAGAAGCAACCGUGCAGAAUGCGGAAGCCUAUGUGCUUUUCUACAGGAAGAGCAGCGAGGAAGCACAAAAGGAAAGGCGGCGUGUGUCCAACCUCCUGAACAUGAUGGAGCCCAGUCUUCUUCAGUUCUACGUCUCCCGGCAGUGGCUGAACAAGUUCAAGACGUUUGCCGAGCCCGGCCCCAUCUCCAAUCACGACUUCCUCUGUGUUCACGGAGGUGUUCCCCCACACAAAGCUAGCUACAUUGAGGACCUGGUGGUGAUGCUGCCUCAGAACAUCUGGGAUAAUCUAUACAGCAGGUAUGGGGGAGGACCGGCCGUCAACCACCUGUAUGUGUGUCACACCUGCCAGAUAGAAGCAGAGAAGGUGGAGAAAAGGAGAAAGGUGGAGCUGGACACGUUCAUUCGGCUGAACCGGGCUUUCCAGGAGGAGGAGUCACCGGCUGCGUUUUUCUGCAUCAGCAUGCAGUGGUUCAGAGAGUGGGAAGGGUUUGUGAAAGGGAAAGAUGGAGAUCCGCCUGGACCCAUUGAUAACACUAAGAUUGCCAUCAACAAGGGUGGUAGCAUCAUCCUCAAACAAGGGGCAGAUUCAGGGCAGAUUUCUGAAGAAACAUGGAAUUUCCUUCAGUCCAUCUAUGGCGGCGGGCCAGAGGUUAUUUUGCGCCCACCUGUCGCCCCUGUCGACCCUGACGUGCUGCACACAGAGGAGAAGAUUGAAGUAGAGACCCGGGCCCUCUGACCUCAACCACACAGAUCAGGACAACCAUGGGGAACCCUUCCCACUCGCACAAAAGAAAAACCAUUCCUGAAAGCAUGUCUGUUUUCUUGCUUUUUCACCUUUCCCCCCUUUCUUCCUCCUCACUGGGCAUUACAGUUGUGGAUGAGUAUGUCGUGACUUGGAAUCUAUUAUAGGUGACACGUUUAAUGCUAAAUAAUUUACUGUGAAAUCUUUCAAAGGUCACAUUUUGAAAGGGAUGAGUUCUGUGUCUUGAGAUUGUUCAAUCAGUGGACAGUAGGUCAUUGAUCUUUUUUAUGACAUGUAAACCAAUAGUAUCCUUUGUAGACUUGUAAAAUAAAAUGGCUUUUAAAAUGUUUUUCAAAACGUUAUCCCAUGAUUCUGACCCCACAUGGAGCACUUUCUGCCAAGGGCCCCUGUUGGGAUAGACUCUGUGGGGCCUUUUUACAUUGAUCAGAAGGUUGGGCCUGCAGGAUUUGUGGGAAUUUCCCAAAACUCAGGAAAAGUAUCCUCUCCCCCCCUUUUUUGGCACUGCAGUAUAGAAAGGUGUGGCCCAUGAAAGCCUCAACCACAUUUUCUCUUUUGGAUGGAUCAAGUAUGUAAUUGGUUUGGAUGAAUUUGUCGACAGAUGUAAUUUAUUGCUUGUAUGUUGUCAAUGUUAAAAUGUUGAUCCUUACAAGCCCAGAGAACAUUUCAUUUGUGUGUCGGUGGCUGUAAAAUCUCUAGCGAGUUUUAGGGUACUUUUUUUUUGACAGCAUGCAGUCUGUAAUAUGCAUCAAUAACCCUGGCCACCCUGAAGAGCACUUGGAGAAGUUUUUUGUCAAACGCAUCAACAUUCCUUCUGAAUAAUAUUCUGUACCACUCUCUGAGGCAUGAUUACAUGACGUCCAAACCUGCAAACGCUGGACAGCGCGGGUCGGGUUAUUGGGGGAGGGACCACUUGUUGCUGCUACAGCUCAAGCAAUGUUCUGAACCAGCUCAAUAAAGUGAUUUUUAAAAACA